AUGCGUGCAUAUCUUCAGCGAGUGGGACUACAGCUCUUGACCAGGGUACUUGAACGGGCUCUGUUCGAGUGCGCCACAGCAAGUCUUGAUGUGACGCUCGACAUAGUCGGCCAACUGCGAGACUUGACAGCGCAGCGAUGGGGGCCCCAUCCGAGGACUGACAACGUGGAAAAUAUGACGAGGGCGGAGAUCGUUGAGAAGAUCCAGACACAGAAUCUGCUAGGUCUUGGUCGUCAGGCGGAAAAUUCGAUCCUAAACGCUCUCUGCCUUGCAAUCAGCCUAUGGACAACAGUCGAAAUCGGUGUCUACGAAGAGAGUGGCCUCUCUGGAACCAAGAAGGUCAAUUCAUGGGCUCCGAACAUGACCUUGACCCAGCUUCUGAGCAACGCCUUCCCGAAGACGCCACCACCAUUGUCCCUCAACGUUCAAUCCAUGAUACUUCACCCGAAACUGACUAUGGAAUACCUUUGCACCUUCCACUCGUUCGACUGGCUGUUCACACACGAUCUCUCCGAGCACUUGGAUAUCAGAUGGGCUGGUUCUCAAAACAACCGCAAACCAAUCCUCAUGAUUUACAGGCACAAAGUCUUCCUCCGUAACGAGAUAGCUGAGAACCUCCGCGGCACUCGACGCUCCAAGCUCCCCAUGGACCUCGUCGAAGAAGCUCUGGACACGCUCAACCUCCUCUUCCCCUAUAACGAUCACCGCACUCGCCGGCUCCUUCGAGCAAAGAACCAAGAGGCUGUCUUCUACGACCUCGCCUGGUGCGGGCGCGGCCGCUCGCUCGACCUGCGGCGCUACGUCUACUGGGGCGAACGCAUCGCGCAAUUGUCUGAAAUCAGCAAGGGCGAGCUGCUGGGCUUUUCACAGCUGCUGCCGGACCGUGAUGGGCGCAAUUUGAUGCAAACGGUGAACUUCUGGACCGCAGCCGGUGUUGCGGUAUUCACGAUCUUUAGUCUUGUGUUUGGCGGGCUAUCAAUUGCGUUUGCGAAGUGGUCAUAUGAUGUCUCACGGAUUGCGUAUGAGCUUGCGUUGGCGCAGGCCUGUGCAGCAGCAGAUGCUGAGACUCAGCUGCCUCGGUUCUGCCAUGACGAGAAAGAAGUCCGAGAGAGUUCUUACGGGAUCAUCUUACAGAUGCCUAUGGAUACCCCAUAUAGCAUACUCCACUGCGGAAUAAGUGCUGAAUGCUACAAGAUAACCUGUGCGACACCUGAAUUCGAGUACUGA